CUGCAUAUAAUUGCAUAGGUUAUAUUUUCACAGACUAAAAAGUGCGUCACGGAUAGUCUGUCGUCUGCGCAGGGCCUCAAGUGUUACAGGUUUAGGUAUUUUAAUCACAUUUUAAUUUGCAUAUAUUGGAAUUAAUUUGGAAUAUCUAUGUGCGAAGCAAAUACGUUGUUAUUUUAUUAAUAACAGUGCUGUGACAUACACAUGUGAAUUUAUCUAAAUUAUGUUUUAUCACAAACUUUACUUGAUAAUCAUGUAAGACGAGUUAAAAGUGCACACGAUUCAAAGUGAUUUUUCUAAAGUUCUUAACCGACAUUGAGAUAAAGAUGGGUUGUGAAUUGACGAAGCUUGCGUCGUCGGAGUUGAACAAUGACCCUUUAAAUCGGCCUCCGCCGCCUAGCGACCCCCGAUCGCCACUGAGCGCAAAGCAACAGUAUUGUAUGCUUGCCUCCUGGAAAGGCAUCUUCCGGCAGAUUGAGAAGACUGGCAUCAUAUUGUUUAUCAAAUUAUUCGAAGAGAACGCAGAGCUGCUGGAUUUGUUCGAGCAGUUUAGAGAGAAGACGCAUCUAGACCUGAGCACUUCAGCGGAACUCGCGGAACAUGCUACUAAGGUGAUGCACACUCUUGAUGAAGGCAUCAAGAGCACUGGCAACAUUGACGCGUUCUUCGCGUACGUCAGACACGUCGGCGCUACCCAUCAUCAGGUGCCCGGGUUCAAGGCUGAGAACUUCUGGAAAAUAGAGCAGCCUUUCCUAGAAGCGGCGAAGACGACCCUGGGCGACAGAUACACCCCCAACAUCGAGAAUAUCUACAAGAUCACCAUCAGGUUCAUACUGGAGAACCUGGUCAUUGGAUACGAGGAGUCUACCGCCAAACAAAACGGCAACCAGAGCCAAUCUUGACAUACUUACUUCACUUACACGACUGCGGCGAAUUAUUUCCAAUUUCAUAAGAAUUUGCUGAAUGUAACUCUUUUGUAACUUCAGUCGCGUAUUUCUUUGACAAUAUCGUCUUUUAUUUAUUUAAUAUGACUUACUGCAGGUUUGCCGCCGAUGGCAUUAACCACUUGGCCGGACAAAUGGGAAGCGAUGAGGGCUCUCUCGACGAUGACUGUAUCUUCGUCUUAUAGUGAAAAUGUCUUAAGCGCCUUUUCGAAAAUUUUCAUUCUGAAGUUAUUUUCUUCAACAAAAGCUUGAUUUCCUUCAAUUAAUGUAAUUGUCUACUUGACAGUUUUCAAAUAAGUAUUUUAUAAAUUACAAACGCUUAUUUUACACCUCUUUAUUUUCUCGAAAAAGCGAUAUAUAAUAGAAGAAAAAAAACAUAAUAAUUAUGUUUCUUCAUUAAUUUCAAAUUUCGCGCGGAAAUGGUUGGUCACGUGACAUUUUGCCCACUGACGUCAUAUUUCAAUAAGCAAAGAAACUGUCAAACAUUAUAACCUGACAGAUAGCUUUUGUUUAUUUUGGGAUAUGUGACGUCACACUGAGCUCAAUCAUGGCCGCCCGUGUUUCGGGUAUUGUAAUACCUACAUAGAUAAAAAAUAGCAUUCUUAUUUUGUAAAAACAAAAUACUUAAAAAUUUUCUUUAUAAAUUAUAUAAAUUACUUAAUUAUUUAUAUUUUUUUAUUUAUGUAUUAUUAUUUUUUAAAUUAUUUUUUUCUAUCGGAUAAUUAUAUAAUAAUUUAUUUAAACAUUAGUCUUUGAUUUACAUUAUUUUUUGGAUAAUUAUUGUUAUUUGAUAAACUACCAUAUCCGACAUAUUUCAUGUUGUAUUGUUUCAACUGUCAAGUAGCCAAUUCAGGGUAAAAUGAAGACCACAUUUUUUAUCUGGAUUGAAACUAGGUUGACUAUUGCGAGGUGUUGUUAAUAAAAUUCACUUCCGAAUGUGAUUUUUAAAAAAGUCGCUUUGCUACUUUUCACUAUAAGGUGACGAUUAGGACCCUAUCUGGCUAGGACACGACGGUUAGUAACGUAAUAAUAAUAAUAAUUUAUUGCCAAAAAAGUGGGUACAAUUCUUUGCGCGAUUGCGCCAUCAGCGGGAAUUAUUCGGCAAGAUGUACCAAGAUUUUACAUACAUCUAUUACCAGGAUUUUGAUUCUUUUAUUUAGGGACUUGUAAUAAAUCAUACUUAAUUCAUGGCCAUGAUUCAGACCAUGAUUCUUGUUUGUAGUUGACAUCAAGUGGAAAAUUUCACCAAUUCAGUAUUCGUUACAAAAAUAUUAGUUAAAAAAGCCUUUUGCUUUUCAAAUUUGUUUUUAACGUGACUAUUUGCCGCAUAUGGUAUUAUCUAGUUGGCCGGAAAAAAUCUAAUAACUUACAUAUUUUUUUACGAAUAUGUUUAUCUAACUAAAGAAAAUUGUAAAUUCAAUCUAGUUGUAUUGGUUUAGCUAGGCAGCCGUUUAACCUUAUGCCGAUCCCAUUCAUUUUAUUCGAUUACACUGUCGUUUUUUGUAACGCUUUGCAAUUUGGCCAAGGCCUCAGGCUACUAAUGUUAAAUACGUUAAUUAUAUUUAUACAGCGUGCCAUGAAAACUCAAAUAAUUACAAGGAAAGAUGACUACACUUUCGGAAUUCUAACGCCCCUAAUUUAUAAAGCAAAUUCUAUUUUGCUGUAAAUUUAAUAAGGUACUAUUAAAAUAUUUGUAACAUAAUAAACGUAGAAUUGAAAUUA